AUGGCUGACUUGAUUUUAUUGUACAAUGCUACCAAGCGUUUUCUCACUAGAAUAAUUUAUUGGUGCUGUUUUAGAACCAAAAUGAGCACACACGAAGAACACGCAUUUCAGUCAGGAAGGACCUUGCCGGCGUUUGUCUCUUCGAAUUUUUCAUAAAGAUCUCAAUUCCAUUGCUUUCUUUAUUCGUGCAGGUGAGUAAACAGCAACAGUGGUGUUUGACGGCUAUGGCAGUGAACCCUCGACCAAGAGUAUGACCCACCAGAGACGCUCAGCAAGAACGUGGAGUGCAACCGUAACCUUCCAAGAUGGGAUGAAAGUGACGGCUAAGAAAGAUGCAUUCCUUGCUAACACAGAGAACAAGAAGCGGUUCAUUGUCAUGUUGCAGCGCCAUUUAUUAGAAAGUGGCGGUCGCACGUUGCAAGCUGAGGGUGAUGAAGAUGUUCUUAUCGUCAAAACAGCUCUCUACUCUGCCGUAACGCAUCCCACAGUGCUCGUAGAAGAUGAUACCGAUAUGUUAGUGUUACUCUGCUAUCACACAAAAGCAAAUGGCAAUGAUUUGUACUUUCGGCCAUAG